UGAAUGCCGGCGAACCGGUGUCCAAGUUAUGCAAGCCAGGAGAGUUUCAGUGUAAAAACCAGCGCUGCAUCCAAGACCGCUGGCGUUGUGAUGGAGAAGAUGAUUGCCUUGAUGGCUCUGAUGAGCAUUCAGAGAUUUGCUUUAAUCACAGCUGUCCUGGCAAUCAGUUUAAGUGUCAUAAUAACCGCUGUAUCCCCAAGAGAUGGCUUUGUGAUGGAGCGAAUGAUUGUGGCAACAGUGAAGAUGAAUCUAAUGAAACUUGUGCAGCAAGAACAUGUCAAGCUGACCAAUUUGCUUGCACGAACGGGCGUUGUAUUCCAAAUCCAUGGCUGUGUGAUUGGGAGGAUGACUGUGGUGACAAAUCAGAUGAAAUGGCAUCUUGUGAAUUUCCAACUUGUGACCUUCUAACUCAUUUUGUAUGCAAGAAUGGGAGAUGCAUUAGUAGGAAGUGGUACUGUGAUUCAGAUAAUGAUUGUGGUGAUGGCAGUGAUGAACUAGGCUGCACUCAUUCAUGCUUUGACAAUCAGUUCAGAUGUUCUAAUGGCAGAUGUAUUCCAAGUCAUUGGACUUGUGAUGGUGAUAAUGAUUGUGGAGAUUUCAGUGAUGAAACCCAAACAAACUGCACCAAGGAAGAAACAGUCUCUCUUGGAGGAUGCAGUGGGAAAGAAUUUCAGUGUCACCCUGAUGGAAACUGCAUUCCUGUGUUAUGGUGCUGUGAUGGUGAAAAGGAUUGUGAAGACGGCAGUGAUGAAAAAUAUUGCAAUGGAACUCUUCGCCCAUGUGAUGAAAAAACAAAAUUCUCUUGCAAGACCACAGAUGAAUGUUCACUUAACAAUGGUGGCUGCAGCCACCAGUGUUCAGUAGUUCCUGGUGGUAGAAUUGUGUGUUCCUGCCCUCCAGAACUGUACUUAAAUCCAGACAAUAAAUCCUGUGAAUUUAUGGAUUAUUGCGCUAAACACCAAAAGUGCAGCCAAGUGUGUGAACAACAAAAAAAUACUGUUAAGUGCUCCUGUUAUGAAGGUUGGACACUCAAUAAAGAUGGUGAAAGCUGUGAUAAUAUUGAGCCAUUUGAAGCUUUCAUAAUUUUUUCCAUUCGCCAUGAGAUCAGAAAGAUCGAUCUUCAGAAGCGGGACUACAGCUUAUUAGUUCCUGGUCUGAGAAAUACAAUAGCACUUGAUUUUCAUUUCAAUCAGAGUUUGCUGUACUGGACAGAUGUGGUAGAGGAUAAAAUUUACAGAGGCAAACUUUCAGAAACUGGAGGGGUAAGCUCCAUUGAAGUUGUGGUCCAACAUGGUUUAGCUACACCUGAAGGUCUAACUGUGGACUGGAUUGCUGGAAAUAUAUACUGGAUAGACAGCAAUUUGGACCAAAUUGAAGUUGCAAAAUUAGAUGGCACGCUAAGAACAACUCUAAUAGCAGGUGCCAUGGAGCAUCCUAGGGCUAUUGCUUUGGAUCCGAGAUAUGGAAUUUUGUUUUGGACUGACUGGGAUGCUAACUUUCCUCGCAUUGAAUCUGCUUCCAUGAGUGGAGCAGGAAGAAGGAUCAUAUAUAAGGAUAUGGAUAGUGGAGCAUGGCCUAAUGGACUCACUGUUGAUCACUUUGAAAAACGAAUUGUUUGGACAGAUGCUAGAUCAGAUGCUAUUUAUUCGGCACUAUAUGAUGGAACUGACAUGAUUGAAAUUAUACGAGGCCAUGAAUAUCUUUCCCACCCCUUUGCUGUCUCUUUAUAUGGGAGUGAAGUAUAUUGGACAGACUGGAGGACAAACACAUUGUCAAAAGCCAACAAAUGGACAGGUCAAAAUGUUAGUGUAAUACAAAAAACUAGUGCACAGCCUUUUGAUCUUCAGAUCUAUCACCCAAGUCGUCAACCACAAGCUCCCAAUCCUUGUGCUGCUAACAAUGGCAGAGGCCCAUGCUCUCAUAUGUGCCUAAUCAAUCACAACAGAAGUGCGGCAUGUGCAUGUCCUCACCUAAUGAAGCUGUCUGCAGACAGGAAGAUGUGCUAUGAAAUGAAGACCUUUCUUCUUUAUGCACGCCGUACAGAAAUAAGAGGGGUUGACAUAGAGAACCCAUACUUCAAUUAUAUAACAGCCUUCACGGUUCCUGAUAUUGAUGAUGUAACAGUUGUGGAUUUUGAUGCAUCAGAGGAACGUUUAUACUGGACUGAUAUAAAGACUCAAACUAUAAAACGAGCCUUCAUUAAUGGCACUGGCUUAGAAACUGUCAUCUCAAGAGACAUUCAGAGUAUUCGUGGACUGGCUGUAGAUUGGUUAUCACGUAAUUUAUACUGGAUAAGUUCAGAAUUUGAUGAAACACAAAUUAACGUAGCACGUUUAGAUGGCUCAUUAAAAACAUCAGUUAUACAUGGAAUUGAUAAACCACAGUGUCUUGCUGUUCACCCAGCUAAAGGAAAGCUUUAUUGGACUGAUGGAAAUACAAUUAAUGUGGCAAAUAUGGAUGGCAGCAACAUCAAAAUACUAUGUCAGAAUCAGAAAGAUCCAGUUGGUCUAUCGAUAGAUUAUGCAGAGAACAAGCUUUAUUGGAUUAGUUCAGGAAAUGGAACCAUAAACCGGUGCAAUUUAGAUGGUGGCAAUUUUGAAGUAAUAGAUUCAAUGAAAGAAGAACUAACAAAAGCUACAGCUUUAACCAUUAUGGAAAAGAAACUGUGGUGGGCAGAUCAAAACUUAGGCCAGCUGGGUACCUGCAAUAAGAGGGAUGGAAGAAAUCCCACAGUGCUGCGGAACAAAACUUCAGGAAUCGUGCACAUGAAAAUUUAUGAUAAGGCAACACAGCAAGGUAGCAAUUCCUGUCAACUCAAUAAUGGUGGAUGUUCCCAACUUUGCUUGCCAACCUCAGAAACAAGUCGUACAUGCUUAUGUACAAUCGGCUAUAACCUACAGAAAAACCGAAUGUCUUGUCAAGGCAUAGAAUCAUUCCUCAUGUAUUCUGUUCAUGAAGGAAUUAGAGGUGUUCCCCUUGAUCCAAAUGACAAAACAGAUGCAUUAAUGCCUAUAUCGGGAACUUCAUUUGCCGUGGGCAUAGAUUUCCAUGCAGGAAAUGAUACAAUCUACUGGACAGAUAUGGGAUUCAACAAAAUAAGCAGAACUAGAAGGGACCAGACAUGGAAGGAAGACAUCAUUACAAAUGGUUUGGGAAGAGUGGAAGGCCUUGCGGUGGACUGGAUAGCAGGAAAUAUCUACUGGACAGAUCAUGGCUUUAACUUUAUUGAAGUAUCUAGGCUGAAUGGUUCUUUUCGAUAUGUAGUAAUAUCUCAAGGCCUUGACCAGCCAAAAUCUAUAGCUGUGCACCCGGAAAAAGGAUAUUUAUUCUGGACAGAAUGGGGGCAGAUACCCUGUAUAGCCAAGGCUCAUUUGGAUGGAUCUGGGAAGGUAGUCCUUGUUGGCAGUGGGAUAUCAUGGCCUAAUGGACUUUCUGUUGACUAUGAGGAAAACAAAUUAUACUGGUGUGAUACUCGAAUGGACAAGAUAGAAAGAAUUGACCUUGAGAAUGGAAGGAAUCGGGAGAUUGUGCUGUCAGGAAGCAAUGUGGAUAUGUUUUCAGUAGCAGUCUACGGGGCUUACAUCUACUGGUCUGACAGAGCUCAUGCAAAUGGGUCUAUCAGACGAGGCCACAAAAAUGAUGCUACAGAGGCUGUGUCCGUGAGGACUGGACUAGGAAUAAACUUGAAGGAAGUGAAGGUCUUCAACAGAGGGCGUGAGAAAGGAACCAACAUUUGUGCCAAGAACAAUGGUUGGUGUCAACAACUUUGCCUUUAUCGGGGAAAUGCACAGAGAACAUGUGCUUGUGCACAUGGCUAUCUGGCAGAGGAUGGAGUUACAUGUCUGAGACACGAAGGCUACUUACUCUACUCAGGAAGAACAAUAUUUAAAAGUAUACAUCUUUCAAAUGAGACUAAUUUAAAUUCACCAGUGCAACCUUAUGAAAAUCCAGAAUAUUUCAAAAAUGUGAUAGCGCUUGCUUUCAACUACAGUCAAAAAGAAAGAGGAACCAACAGAAUCUUCUUCAGUGAUGCACACUUUGGGAACAUACAAGUUAUUAACGAUGACUGGUCUGGCAGAAAAGUUGUGCUUGAAAAUGUAGGUUCUGUGGAAGGGCUUGCAUAUCACAGGGCUUGGGAUACUUUGUACUGGACCAGCUCUACUACAUCUUCUAUUACAAGGCACACAGUGGAUCAGAAACGAAGAGGAGCUUUCAACAGGGAAGCAGUAAUCACAAUGUCCGAGGAUGACCAUCCACAUGUAUUAGCCUUAGAUGAAUGCCAAAAUUUAAUGUUCUGGACAAAUUGGAACGAGCAGCAUCCAAGCAUCAUGAGGGCUACACUGUUUGGAAAAAAUGCACAAAUUGUCAUCAGCACAGACAUUCUUACACCAAAUGGACUUGCCAUUGAUCACAGUGCAGAGAAAUUAUACUUUUCAGACGGCAGUUUGGGGAAAAUUGAAAGGUGUGAAUAUGAUGGAUCACAUAGAAAUGUGAUAAUCAGAUCUGGACCUGGCACUUUUCUUAGUCUGGCUAUUUACAAUGACUGGAUCUUCUGGACCGACUGGGUGAGAAGAGCUAUUCUGCGAUCCAAUAAAUAUACGGGUGGAGAUACAAAAAUUCUUAGAUCUGAUAUACCACAUCAGCCAAUGGGCAUCCUAGCCGUUGCUAAUGACACUAACAGCUGUGAAUUGUCUCCCUGUGCCCAAAUGAAUGGGGGAUGUCAUGAUUUAUGUCUUCUUACUCCAGAUGGUCGAGUAAAUUGUUCCUGUAGGGGUGAUCGAAUACUGAUAGAUGACAAUAGAUGUGUGCCUAAAAAUUCUUCUUGCAAUUUUUACUCUGAGUUCGAAUGUGGAAAUGGUGAGUGCAUUGAUUAUCAGCUCUCCUGUGAUGGCAUAGCACACUGUAAGGACAAGUCUGAUGAAAAGUUGUUCUAUUGUGAAAAUAGAAACUGUCGGAGAGGUUUUAAAUCUUGUCUUAAUCAUCGUUGUAUAUCCACCAAUAAAGUAUGUGAUGGGAAAAAUGAUUGUGGUGACAACGCUGAUGAAGUGGGCUGUGAAGUUUCAGGAUGUAAUUCAGCAGAGUUUCAUUGUACAGAUGGAACAUGUAUCGCAAAAUCAGCACAAUGCAAUCAGAUCAUUGAUUGUUUGGAUAGUUCGGAUGAGAAGAACUGCAAUAACACAGACUGCACUCACUUCUAUAAGCUUGGAGUAAAAUCUUCAGGAUUUAUUAGCUGUAAUUCUACUUCACUUUGUAUACUACCAGAAUGGCUGUGUGAUGGAUCUAAUGACUGUGGGGAUUAUACAGAUGAAUUAAAAUGCCCAGUUCGAAGUAAACAUACGUGUGAACACAACUAUUUUGGUUGUCGUAGUGGGAGAUGCAUUCUGAGCACUUGGGUAUGUGAUGGUCAGAAAGAUUGUGAAGAUGGAGAUGAUGAAUUACACUGUGGUUCCUCUUGUUCAUGGGAUCAGUUUGCUUGUUCUGCACACAAGUGUAUCUCUAAACAGUGGAGUUGUGAUGGGGAGGAUGAUUGUGGGAAUGGCUUGGAUGAAAGUAAAGCUGUUUGUGGGUCAGUAACCUGUGCCCCAGACAUGUUCAGCUGCUUAGAUUCCUAUGCCUGUGUUCCUCAGCACUGGCUGUGUGAUGGUGAAAGAGACUGCCCUAAUGGGAAUGAUGAGCUUUCUACAGCAGGAUGCGCACCUAAUAACACUUGUGAUGAAAACACUUUCAUGUGCCAUAAUAAAGCCUGCAUUCCCAAGCAGUUUGUAUGUGACCAUGAUGAUGACUGUGGAGAUGGGUCAGAUGAAUCACUAGAAUGUGGCUAUCGCCACUGUAAUCCUGGAGAAUUCCGUUGUGCUGAUGGAAGAUGUCUUUUAAAUUCUCAGUGGCAAUGUGAUGGAGAUUUUGAUUGUCCAGAUCAUUCUGAUGAACAUCCAAUUAACACAAAAUGCAAAAGUGCAGAACAGUCAUGCAACAGUUCCUUUUUUAUGUGCAAAAAUGGCAAAUGCAUUCCCCAAGAAGAUGUUUGCGACACUAAGCAGGAUUGUGGUGAUGGAUCUGAUGAGAGAAACUGUCAUAUUAAUGAAUGUUUGAGUAAGAAAAUCAGUGGCUGUUCUCAAGACUGUCAAGAUCUUCCAGUUGGGUACAAGUGUAAAUGCUGGCCUGGCUUUCACGUGAAGGAUGAUGGCAAAACAUGUGUAGACAUUGAUGAAUGCCUCUCUGGCUUUCCAUGCAGCCAGCAGUGCAUCAAUACAUAUGGAACCUACAAAUGUUUGUGUGCAGAUGGUUAUGAAGUGCAAUCUAAUAAUCCAAAUGGCUGCAAAUCUCUUUCAGAUGAAGAGCCUUUCUUAAUUCUGGCAGAUCAUCAUGAAAUAAGAAAAAUUAGUACUGAUGGAUCCAACUAUACUUCAUUGAAACAGGGUCUGAACAAUGUGAUCGCAGUAGACUUUGAUUACAGAGAAGAAUUCAUCUAUUGGAUUGAUUCCAGCAGACCUAAUGGCAGUAGAAUAAAUAGAAUGAAUUUGAAUGGAAGUGAUGUCAAGGUAGUUCAUAACACAGCGGUUCCUAAUGCACUAGCAGUUGACUGGGUUGGGAAGAAUCUCUAUUGGUCCGACACAGAAAAAAGGAUUAUUGAAGUAUCAAAACUCAAUGGCUUGUACCCGACAGUUCUUGUGAGCAAAAGGGUGAAGUUCCCUAGAGAUCUCUCUUUAGAUCCUCAAGUUGGAUAUUUGUACUGGAUCGAUUGUUGUGAGUAUCCUCAUAUUGGCCGAGUUGGCAUGGAUGGUUCUAACCAGACAGUUGUGAUAGAAACACAGAUUUCUAGACCAAUGGCUCUUACAAUAGAUUAUGUGAACAAAAGACUCUACUGGGCUGAUGAAAGCCAUAUUGAAUUUGCUAACAUGGAUGGUUCUCGUAGAAAUAAAGUUCCUAAUCAACACAUCCUAGGGGUGAUUGCUCUCACAUUGUUUGAAGAGUAUGUAUACUGGACUGAUGGAAAAACCAAGUCAGUCAACCGUGCCCAUAAAACUUCUGGAGCAGAUAAAGCAUCACUGAUUAACUCAUGGCAUGCCAUCACUGAUCUCCAAGUAUAUCAUUCAUAUAGACAACCUGAUGUGCCUAAACAUAUGUGUAAAAUAAAUAAUGGUGGCUGUAGUCACUUGUGCCUCCUUGCUCCGGGCAAAACACAUAUGUGUGCCUGUCCUGCCAACUUUUACCUUGCUUCAGACAAUAAGACCUGCUUAUCAAACUGUACAGCCAGUCAAUUCCGCUGCAAAACUGACAAAUGUAUUCCAUUUUGGUGGAAAUGUGACACCGUGGAUGACUGUGGGGAUGGAUCAGAUGAACCUGAAGAAUGUCCUGAAUUUAAAUGUCAACCAGGUCGUUUUCAGUGUGGAACUGGACUUUGUGUUUUACCAGCUUUUAUAUGUGAUGGAGAAAAUGACUGUGGGGACCACUCUGAUGAGAUCAAUUGUGAUACACAUGUUUGCCUGUCCGGUCAAUUCAAGUGCACAAAGAAACAGAAGUGCAUACCAAUAAAUCUCAGGUGUAACGGGCAGGAUGACUGUGGUGAUGAAGAAGACGAAAGAGAUUGUCCGGAAAACAGCUGUUCUCCUGACCACUUCCAGUGUAAAACCACACAACACUGCAUUUCUAAACUGUGGGUGUGUGAUGAGGAUCCAGAUUGUGCAGAUGGGUCUGAUGAGGCAAACUGUGAGAAAAAGACUUGUGGACCUCAUGAAUAUCAGUGCAAAAACAGCAACUGCAUUCCAGAUCACUGGCGAUGUGACAGCCAAAAUGAUUGUGGUGACAAUUCUGAUGAAGAAAACUGCAAACCACAAACGUGUACUUUGAAAGACUUUCACUGUUCAAAUGGAGACUGUAUGUCUGCAAGAUUCUGGUGUGAUGGAGACUAUGAUUGUGCAGAUGGUUCAGAUGAGAGAUAUUGUGAUUCUGGCUGCUUAAAAGACCAGUUCCAGUGUUCCAAUGGUCAAUGCAUAGCAGCAAAGUGGAAAUGUGAUGGACACGAUGAUUGCAUACUGGGAGAGGAUGAGAAAAAUUGUGAACCAGCAUCACCAACCUGUUCUUCAAGUGAAUAUGUAUGUUCCAAUGGAGGAUGUAUCUCAGCAUCUUUAAGGUGUAACGGAGAAUAUGAUUGUGCUGAUGGUUCUGAUGAGAUGGAUUGUGUAACAGAAUGUAAAGAAGAUGAAUUUAGAUGUAAAAAUAAGGCACACUGUAUCCCUAUCAGAUGGCUUUGUGAUGGAAUCCAUGAUUGUGUGGACAAUAGUGACGAACAAAAUUGUGACAGAGGUGGGAAUAUAUGUAGACCAGAUGAAUUCCUUUGCAACAAUUCCCUCUGUAAACUUCAUUUCUGGGUUUGUGAUGGAGAAGAUGACUGUGGAGACAACUCUGAUGAACUACCUGAAAUGUGUUUAAAAUUUCCAUGUCCCCCAACAAGACCGUACCGGUGCAGAAACAACAGAGUCUGUCUGCGACAUGAACAGAUCUGUAAUGGGAUUGAUGACUGUGGUGACGACUCAGAUGAAGACCAUUGUGGCCUUACUGAAUAUAGUUGUGAAAAUAAUGUGAAUCCUUGUGGUGAUGAUGCAUAUUGUAAUAAAACCAAAACAUCUCUUUUCUGUCAAUGUAAGCCUGGAUUUCAAAGGAACAAGAGAAACUGGCAAUGUGAAGAUAUCAAUGAAUGUGUGAUAUUUGGUAUAUGCUCUCAACUCUGUACCAAUAUAAAAGGAUCAUACAAAUGUACAUGUGAAAAAAACUAUAAAGAAAAGAAUAAUAGCUGCAUUGCAAAAGGCUCUGAAGAUCAAGUUCUCUACAUUGCUAAUGACACUGAUAUCCUGGGUUUUAUAUAUCCAUUCAACUACAGUGAUGUUCAUCAACAGAUUGCACACAUUGAACAUAAUUCAAGAAUAACUGGAAUGGAUCUGUAUUAUCAAGGAGAAAUGAUUGUUUGGAGUACUCAGUUUAAUCCUGGAGGAAUUUUCUAUAAAAAGUUUCAUCAGGGAGAAAGAAGACAAAGCAGUAGUGGCGUGAUAUGCCCAGAAUUCAGAAGACCUAGAGAUAUUGCAGUGGAUUGGAUAGCUGGAAACAUUUAUUGGACUGAUCACUCAAGAAUGCACUGGUUCAGUUAUUAUACAACUCACUGGACAAGUUUAAGAUAUUCUGUCAAUGUAGGACAGAUAAAUGGACCAAACUGUACAAGGCUCCUUACAAACAUGGCAGGAGAGCCAUAUGCAAUUGCUGUAAAUCCACCCAAAGGUAUGAUGUACUGGACAGUCAUUGGAGAUCAUUCUCACAUAGAAGAAGCAGCAAUGGAUGGCACUUUGAGAAGGAUAUUAGUGCAAAAGAAUUUACAAAGACCUACAGGUCUUGUAGUCGAUCAUUUCAGUCGACGGUUGUUCUGGGCAGAUUUUGAAUUAUCUGUAAUAGGAAGUGUGCUUUUUGAUGGCUCUGAUUUGGUCAUAUGUGUGAGCAGUAAACAAGAAUACUGUAUGCAGUUUUAUGUGGCCAUAUUUAGGAUAUGUGUAGUACAGCAG